GUCGUGACGAUAAACACUGUAAUUCUAAUCACGUCGGUUAUGUUCUCCCAAAUACAAAAAUCCUCUUAUUCCCGUUUCUAGAUACGUGAUAUGCAAUCAUCGGGUGAAUCACUGGGGUGAAAACUGGUAGUGAAGGAUAUCCAAUUGUUAACACGUAAUCACAAUGGGAGUUCCUGGAUUAUGGCGUUUACUGGAACCUGCAAGAGAGCCUAUAGAUUUGCAACAACUCUCCGGUAAAAUUGUAGCAAUUGAUAUGAAUAUUUGGUUGCAUCAAGCUGUUAAGUCUCGAGGUGCAUCAGGUGGUCCACGUAACUACUUGGCUAUAUUUUUUCGUCGUCUUUGUAAACUACUUUUCUUUGGCAUUCGACCAGUGUUUGUAUUCGAUGGUGAUACUCCAGCCUUGAAACGAGCAACUAUAAACACAAGACGUCAGUUGCGUAACUCAGCCGAAGCCAAAGCAGAAAAAGCUCAAAAGCAUCUUCUUCGCCGACUUUUACGUCGUGUUGCAGAAUCUCAAGUGGGAUCAAGUAACGUGUCAACCAACGGAACACAACCUCCUGAAAACUUAGCCAAGGAAGAACUGUUACGGCGAUUGAAGCAGCAGUCAAAUUCUCUUCAGGCUAUGGAAGAUGCUGAAAUUUUCGCAGCUCCAUGUAAUCAGUCUACAUCAAGUGAUACCAAAGGUGGUGGAAUCAUGCUAAGUGAGAACGCUGGAUUAGAAUAUGAUGAGUUGGCUCGUGAUUUCUUAGAUGGUUUUUACUCCUCAGACCGGAAAUUGUCAGGAAUGGAUCUCAACUCAGAUGCAUUUUGUUCACUUCCUUUGCCUGCUCAAUUGCGAGUCGUUCAAAUGGCGAGAGAAAUAUUAGACACUGGUUCAUGUCGACGGGAUUUAGUUCAAAGAAACAAUGAAGGUAAACAUCGUUUGACCCUGAAACAUUUUCCGACGUUCAGACAAAACGUUUACUUUUACGUCGUCGCUUAGCAGAACGUCAACAAGAAUUAUCUGAUAAUUUAACUAAACAAGAAGCUGUUCAACAAGUUCUUCAAUUAGAUAAUACUAUGAUAAAAAAUAUUCUAAAAAAUCAAUCGUUAUUCUCCACAUUAUCGUGUUCUUCUACAGAGUCUACUGAAACUAUAGCG